GCGUUCGUCGCUCACCGCUCGCCAGACCUGCCUACACGGACUGGGUGGCGGUGGACUCCCGCAGAAAAAAACGGGCAGGAUUAGAAAAAGCGGGGCAGGGGAGUGCAGGAGCUCUUGAGGGAGCCGAGCGGAGAGAGCCAGUAGCAGGGGAGCGGUGAAGAGAAGGCAGCAGGACGUCGCGGUGUGUUAGCCUGGAGGUUGGACCGUUCAUUUCAUCCACACACUUUGAGUCUGCGUCGGAGGGAGAAGUGCGGUGCUCGAGCGCCUCGCGUCGUGAAGCCUGUCACCGCCUCGCGAGGAGGACCGGCUACUACAGAACUGAGAUUGGGAGACGGGGAGAGGGAACUCACACACACGUACACACACACGUCCGUUUCGUAGAAGCACGGGGAACACGGCGACAUGGACCCAUAUGACGAUGACGAUGACCAGGUGUACAUGCAACAGGAGGACAGCUGGGACCGGGACCUGCUGCUGGACCCGGCCUGGGAGAAGCAGCAGAGAAAGACAUUCACAGCGUGGUGUAACUCCCACCUCAGGAAGGCAGGGACCCAGAUAGACAACAUCGAGGAGGACUUCAGGGACGGCCUGAAGCUCAUGCUGCUGCUGGAGGUCAUCUCAGGCGAGCGCCUGGCCAAGCCGGAGAGAGGGAAGAUGAGGGUGCACAAGAUCUCCAACGUGAACAAGGCGCUGGACUUCAUCGCCGGCAAGGGGGUGAAGCUGGUGUCCAUCGGCGCAGAAGGUGGGCGGGGCCAGCGAACGACCAGCCGCCGUACAGUCGGAGCGAGGCUACCGUCAGCAGGCGUGUCGUGGGCGGAGACGGCAGCCAAUCGGAUCUGCAAGGUCCUGGCGGUGAACCAGGAGAACGAGCAGCUGAUGGAGGACUACGAGAAGCUAGCCAGUGAUCUGCUGGAGUGGAUCCGGAGGACCGUGCCCUGGCUGGAGAACCGCGCCCCGGAGAACACCAUGCAGGCCAUGCAGCAGAAGCUGGAGGACUUCCGGGACUACCGGCGGCAGCACAAGCCGCCCAAGGUGCAGGAGAAGUGCCAGCUGGAGAUCAACUUCAACACCCUGCAGACCAAGCUGCGGCUCAGCAACCGGCCCGCCUUCAUGCCCUCUGAGGGCAAGAUGGUCGCGGACAUCUCCAACGCGUGGGGCGGUCUGGAGGGAGCGGAGAAGGGCUACGAGGAGUGGCUGCUGAACGAGAUCCGCCGGCUGGAGAGACUCGACCACCUGGCCGAGAAGUUCCGGCAGAAGGCGGCCAUCCACGAGGCCUGGACCCACGGUAAGGAGGAGAUGCUGCAGCACCGCGACUACGAGACGGCCUCCCUGUCCGAGAUCAAGGCGCUGCUGAAGAAGCACGAGGCCUUCGAGAGCGACCUGGCAGCCCACCAGGACCGCGUCGAGCAGAUCGCUGCCAUCGCACAGGAGCUGAAUGAGCUGGACUACUAUGACUCUCCCAGUGUGAACGCUCGCUGCCAGCGGAUCUGUGACCAGUGGGACGGACUGGGAAACAUGACCCAGAAACGCAGUGAGGCCCUGCAGAGAACCGAGAAGCUCCUGGAGACCAUCGACCAGCUGUACCUGGAGUUCGCCAAGCGGGCCGCGCCCUUCAACAACUGGAUGGAGGGCGCCAUGGAGGAUCUGCAGGACACCUUCAUCGUCCACACCAUCGAGGAGAUCCAGGGCCUGAGCACCGCCCACGAGCAGUUCAAGGCCACGCUGCCCGAGGCGGACAAGGAGCGGCAGGCCAUCCUGGGCAUCCACAACGAGAUCGCCAAGAUCGUGCAGACCUACCACGUCAACAUAGCCGGCAGCAACCCCUACACCGCCAUCGACCCCCAGGAGGUCAACGCCAAGUGGGACAAGGUGAGGCAGUUGGUGCCCCAGAGGGACCAGGCCCUGAUCGAGGAGCACGCGCGGCAGCAGAACAACGAGAGGCUGCGCCGGCAGUUCGCUAACCAGGCUAACGUCAUCGGGCCCUGGAUCCAGACCAAGAUGGAGGAGAUCGGCCGCAUCUCCAUCGAGAUGCACGGCACCCUGGAGGACCAGCUCACGCACCUGCGGCAGUACGAGAAGAACAUCGUCAACUACAAGCCCAAGAUCGACCAACUGGAGGGAGACCACAAGCUCAUCCAGGAGGCCCUCAUCUUCGACAACAAGCACACCAACUACACCAUGGAGCACAUCCGCGUGGGCUGGGAGCAGCUGUUGACCACCAUCGCCCGCACCAUCAACGAGAUCGAGAACCAGAUCCUGACCCGCGACGCCAAGGGCAUCAGCCAGGAGCAGAUGAACGAGUUCCGCGCCUCCUUCAACCACUUCGACCGGGACCACUCAGGCACGCUGGGGGCCGAGGAGUUCAAGGCCUGCCUGAUCAGCCUGGGCUUCGAUAUCGCCAACGAUUCCCAGAAGAGAACAGGGAUGAUGGAUGCUGAGGACUACAAAACCUGCCUCAUCUCCAUGGGUUACAGCCUGGGAGAGGCGGAGUUCUCGCGCAUCAUGAGCAUCGUGGACCCCAACAGGAUGGGCGUGGUCACCUUCCAGGCCUUCAUCGACUUCAUGUCCCGCGAGACGGCCGACACGGACACCGCCGACCAGGUCAUGGCCUCCUUCAAGGUCCUGGCCGGGGACAAGAGCUACAUCCUGGCGGACGAGCUGCGGCGGGAGCUGCCCCCGGACCAGGCCGAGUACUGCAUCGCCCGCAUGGCCCCGUACACGGGGCCCGAUGGGGCCCCCGGGGCCCUGGACUACAUGUCCUUCUCCACUGCGCUGUAUGGCGAGAGCGACCUCUGAGGGGGCCCCCGGGGGGGGACGCGCGUCCGGGACGCGGGGUCUUCGUCGUCGCACGCUGUCGUCGUCGUCGUCGCCAUCAUCAUCAUCGUCAUCAUCGACAUCCUCCCUCCCCCCGCCCCCCUCGACUGUCCCGCUCGCCGCGUGUCCAAUCACAGCAUUGCAUCGCACACACAC